UUCACUCUUAUUCAGUUCCAGUCCGAGCAUCCAUCGAGUAUCAUUCGCGAAUUGUUUCCGUAUAAAAAAAUUCAUUCGGAGAAUCUUCGAGAAAAUUAGAUAUACAGAUCUAUAUAUAUUUCAUCGAAAUUCAAAUAUAUUCGAUCGAAUCAGAAGCAAUCAUGAGGUGCGUCGUCUUGUUCCUUGUCAACCUGACAUUACUUUCUCUGAUCAUCGAUUUUGGCCAAUCUAUGGACUUGCCCGAUUUCCUUCACGUUUGUAAACGUAGCGAUCCUAACAUCGUUAAUUGCAUCACCGAAAGUGUAGAAUAUUUGAAGCCUUAUCUUCAGAAAGGUGUACCAGAAUACAAUAUACCAUCAUUGGAGCCACUUUUAUUGAAACAACUCAUUGCUAGUGAAAAAUCUGGUCUCAGGAUAAAUGCUAAGAAUGUAGAAGCUUAUGGCGCCAGUGACUUUACCAUAACCAAUUUGAAGGUGAACUUAGACGAAUUGAUCUUCGCAAUGGAAAUCAAACUGCCACACUUACACGUCAAAGGCACAUAUGAGAUCAAUGGGAAAAUAUUACUUUUGCCAAUUGAAGGAUCCGGACCAAUGACUGGAAACUUUACUCAAUGUACCGGAUCGGUCACGGUACAUGCCAUGAAACGUCAGCUACCAAACGGGGAGAAUCAUGUGCAGAUCGACGAAUUUAAAAUGAGGAUCACAGUUGGCAAGGGUACCUUAAAUCUAGAUAAUCUUUUUGGCGGUGAAAAGGUACUCGGUGAUGUUAUCAAUACAGCGAUCAACAGCAAUUUCGAUGCAUUCAUUAAAGAAUUACAACCAUUGAUCGAGAAAGCAUUAUCGGAUGCUUUCCGUGAAAUCGCAAAUAGUAUUGUCAGUAAUUUCACUUACGAGCAACUCUUCCCAUAAUAUUAGAAAAAGAAAUAAACUCUGAAAAAAAAGAGAAAAAUCGAAAAUAAAAAAAAAAAGGAAAAGGUAGAAAAAGAAAAAAAGAAUAUAAAACAGAAAGAAACAAAUCGAAAGAAAAGAAACAAAGAAUCUGACAAUAUGAAUGACGCGAUUCCUAACGCGAUUAUGUCAAUGAUCGGACAUUAUUAAUACUCGCGAUAAUAAUUCGUCAUUGACAUUAUCGAAAAUUGUUAAAACUACCUCUGAAUUUUUAACAUACUUAUAAGUAUUCCAAGAUUGAAUAAAAUCGAUGCACGUCGAAAAUUCGUUCUUCUCUUUCUAUAUUUGAAUUAUUAUAUAUCCGUCUAAGAUAUAUUCUAUUAUCUUAUUAAAAGUAUUUCGAUGUUAUUUUCGCGAUAACGUUUCGAUGACGAAGACGUUUUAUUGACACUUUCGGUCGUAAACAUCUACGAAUUUCAAUUUAUAUUCAACAAGUAUAAUCUCUUAAGUUUCUUUUUUUUUUUUUCUUUUUCUUUAUCAGUAUACGUAACUUUUCAAUCGAUUUGUAUUCGAGCCUGUGACUCUCAAAUCGAAUUGUAAAAGUUAUGUAAUUAAUGAAACAAAAAAAAAAAAAAAAAGAAAAAGGAAAAUAAAAGGAUAAAGGAAAAGAAACCAAUUAUAAAAACAAAUAAUCCUAAUUAUUACCAAGAGAUUUUUUGUUUCGUUUAUCGACGUGCAUUAAAAAUCUUGAUCUUAUUUUUCGAAACGAAAAAAAAAGUAAUAAAAAACAAAAGAAAGAAAAAAAAAAAAGAAACAAACAAGAACUAGCAAUUUUAAAUAACGUCUAGCGAAUACAUACAAUAGAUAAUAUAUACUCUGGUCGAUAGGUAUUAUAAACAGGUGUAUUUACUAUACAAAUAGUCAAUAAUUUAUAAGUGUGUAGUUUUUAACGCCUUUAAGACGCAACAUACGCAAUAAAGCAAUCGUUAUAUUAAAAA